UUCCAAACUCAAAACCCAGUUCAAAAACGCUGCAUUUUUGCUAGAGAAAGAUAGAGACAAAAAGACACAGACAGAGAGAGAACGAUGGAUGGGAGAGGAGGGUGUUGUAUAGCGAGGUAUGGUGCUAAUGGGGUUUACGAUAUGUCCAAGAUGGAUAUGAUAAUGCUAAGGUUCCGGCCAAUAGCGCCAAAGCCGGCUGCCGGAGCUGGAUCAUCAGGCGGUUCCUCGCCGGAGAAAGCUGACGCGUACGUGAAAAGUGGUGCGAGAGGGAAGAGGAAGUAUGUGAAAAGCAAUAAUAGUAUUAGUAGUAAUAGUAGUGGAAGUUAUAGCAGUGGUAAUAGUAGUAAUAAUAAGCGGUGCAAUAGUAAAAAGAGAAAGGCUUCGCCGGAGGUGGUGACUCUGCCUUUGUUGCCGGAGACGCCUGACCGGAAGGACUCGCCGUCGAGGCUGUCUCCUCCGGCGGAGAAGAAAGAAGCAGCAGCUAGGGCUAACUUGCCCGUGUUGCUGAGCUUUGAUGGGAAAAACAAUAACAGCAACCAGGAGGUGGGGUUUUGGUCAUCAGAUCGGACGGUGGUGAUGGGGGUGGGGUCGUGUGUGAUCGUGGAAUGUGUGAAUGACACGUGGAUGGUGGAUGGGCAGCUAGGGAGUACAGAUGAGGAGAGGAGGAUGAGUUUGGAGAGGGACACGUGUCCCGGGUUUGUAUCUGAUGGAUUGGGGAGGGUGACGUGGACUAAUGGGGCCUACAGGAAGAUGAUGAUGAUGGGCCAUGAUCAUCAUCAUGAGGUGGCGGUGUGGUUGGUGAUAAAGGAAGAGAGUCUGAGAGAGAUAAUGGCGAGAACGCUAAGCUACACGUCGUUCACGUGCAGGGUGAGGCUGGUCCAGUACGAUACGUGUGGGAAGGAGAGAAGCUCGAUCACACUGCCUUGUGAUGUGUGGAGAAUGGACGGUGGUGGUUUUGCAUGGAAGUUGGAUGUCAAGGCUGCCCUCUCUUUGGGUCGCUAAAAGCCGUCUGAUUCUGAUCAUUAACAUAUAUAUAUAUGUAUAACAAGUACUAAGCUUUGGACCUAUGGUACCUUAUUACUCUUUUUUUCUUUUCAUAAAUGUGAAUAUUUUUGGGUUGUUGAUGAUGAUGUAUCUUCUUUUUUUGUCUACUUUUUACUGUUCUUCCACGUUCUUGUCUCUUAAUACCUAGCUAUUCCAUGUGUUUUGUUGUGUGUUAA